AGCUCUAUCUCAGACUCAGCUCCUAUCUCUUGUUUUAAAAUAAUUAGCAUUUGUGAAGAUUAUUUUCCCCUAAUUGUGGAGAGAAUAGCCCCCUAGGCAUUGGACUCGUGUGUCAGUGUUGCAACCAAGCAACCUUAGCUAUGUCCCUCCUUGUUAAUUCUCCUCUGCUGCCACUGCAAAGUACUCGGUGGUUGAAACCGAAGCAAGAAGCUAGGUUUUUGUCACACGGGCCAACCAUAAUAGGAGGAGGAAUGAGCACAAACAUCUUUGGAACUGCGAAAAGGAAUGGAAAUGGAAAUGGGGUUAAAGCCUUUUUCAUUAAUCCUGAACAAGACCUCAUCAUCAAAGAAGCUCUCAAGGAACCAGUGGCAUUCUUGGGCGGAAUGUUUGCGGGUAUUUUAAGACUUGAUUUGAAUGAGGAGCCCCUCAAGGAAUGGGUUACUAGGACUGCAGAAGCUGCUGGUAUUAGUGAAGAAGAAGCCAAUACAGAAGAGUCAACGACUGAGGAAGCUCCACAAGAGAUCCAGAUUGAAUAAAAUUGCAAUUAUUUCUUCUGUAUACAAGUUUUAAGAAACGUGCAUGGGAUUAUUAUGCCGAGGGAACAAUAAAAAUUGCUUCAAGUGGUUAUGAGUUAUAGUCUUCCGAUUACAUAUGUGAAAUGGAGAACAUCUCUGUUCCUAUCUCUUCCCUUAAAGAUGGUAGAUUUAGAAUUGGAAUUGGUUUAUAACUUGCUUGAUUUGGUAUCA